AUGCCGAAUUCUCGUUUCGAUCCAAGUAUCGCAUUCCAACCUAUCAAAAGCGUAGUCAGCGCCUCCUUUCUCUAUCCUUUCAAAGGUAUUUGGUACUUCUUGACUGAUCGUCAAUUCUACCCUCUUUUUGGUAGACGAUUGAUCCCCUUAACCAUAACCUCAAUUGUUGUUCUCGGUCUUCUAUUCACAUUUACGUAUCUGCCGCAAGUAGCAUUUCUAGCAAUAUGGCAUGGACCCGGCGCAUGGUUUAAUGCAGCAUUUCUGGUCCUCGGCGAAGGACAAGUUAUAAUUGCUUUAUUGUUUGAGGCAUUAUUGGUAGAUGAGACGCUUGUGGAUAUCUUCGAUGCUACACUUAUUAAAGAAGGUCUUAUAGAUCUCGUCUCGCCAUCUCGAAUACUCCAUCGCGAUGCUCCGAAUGAAGUCAAGAUGCUGGGGAAACCCACUACUUCUGCCGUUUACUCCCCUUUCUCUUUUCGCCAAAUAGCAGAAUUCAUAAUAUUCCUCCCUCUUAACUUCAUACCUAUAAUUGGAACGCCUUUCUUCCUAAUCCUAACUGGUGCUCGCGCCGGGCCUUUACAUCACUGGCGGUAUUUUAAAUUACGAGGUCUGACGAAGAAGGAGAGGAAAAGGGAAAUCAAUAGCAGGAAGUGGAAAUACACAUGGUUUGGAACAGUUGCUUUACUCCUACAACUUGUGCCGGUGCUUUCAAUGUUUUUCCUUUUAACUUCGGCUGUUGGAUCAGCUUUAUGGGUGGUAAAGUUAGAGGAACAGAAGAGAUUAAAUGUGGCAGAUAGGUUGGUCAAUAAUGCUGGUCUUCCUAAUAAUGGAGAGUUUGAACAGGAGGCACCAUAUGUCGACGACCCGGUGUAA